UCCUAUGACUCGAUGCAGAAGGAAGGAUGUAUGGAGGAUUUCUGACAAAUUUCUGCUAAUAUUUGUGCAGAAAUUAUGACAAUGGACGAAACAAAAGAUGCGUUUGUAUUCAAAGGUGUUACUGAGAGGCUGACCCUCGGAAUUACUCGAAUACUCGAAAACAUGCCAGGGGUGGUGGAUGUGCGCUACGCAGAGAGAGACCCUGCAGAAAAGAGGACCCUCCUGUCUUGGGAGCAGAAAAACACGUGUAUUUUACCAGAGGAUAUGCGAGACUUCUACCUGACCACUGAUGGAUUCACAUUAACCUGGAGUGUUAAACUGGACGAUGAGUGUGUCCCUUUAGGUUGCAUGAUGAUCAACGGCGUGGGCAGGCUGUGCCCGCUGCUUCAGCCCGCGUCUGUUUUCUCUCUCCCUAACGCCCCCUCACUGGUUGAUCUGGACUGGGAGGAGAGCAGCUCAGAAAGCGGAUUGGAGCCUGCACCGUCUGCGCCUCAUUUUGAUGCCCGGAGUCGUAUUUAUGAGCUGGAUUCCUGCGGCGGGAAUGGAAAAGUGUGUCUGGUUUACAAAAACUGCACUCCAGGAGUGGUUGCACAGCACAGUGAAAUCUGGUUCCUGGACCGCUCACUGUGCUGGCAUUUUUUGACUGCAACAUUUACUGCCUACUACAGACUGAUGAUAACACACCUGGGCCUACCUGAGUGGCAGUAUGCCUACACACCAUAUGGUCCAAGCCCGCAGGCUAAGCAGUGGGCGUCCCUCUACCAGCCCCUGAUUUUCAGCAAUGAGGUUAGCCAGACGGAUUCAGCUGCAGAUGUUUUUCUAAACAAGCUGGAUCCCACAAAGGCCUUCAGAGGCAAAGCCAAGGUCCCGCCCCCCAAGAAGAAGCAGUCGGCCCAGUCCAACUCUGGAGGCGCUGCUAAAGGGCAAGGGAGCGCAGGAAGACACGGUGGAGCAAAACGGUGAAACAGAUCCAAUCUAGAGAGAGAGACUUUUCUUUUUGUCUGUUUCACCACCACAUCUUCAAAAGACAAAUCUGCUAUCAGCUGCUUGCUUAAACGCAGGUUUUUGUAACACAAGAACAUGUUGUGGAGCAUGCGUAGUCUAUGACCAGGAUUUAAAUGGCCUCUCCUGUGUUCAGUUUGGUAUUUACAAGAUGUUGACAUGUUGAAUGUCGACGGAUUUGAAACUUUACCAGAAAAUUAAUCCUUCUGAGCUAACCUUGGACCAGUCGCUGGUUUUUAAGGCAUACAAAGAUUUUUGCAAAAAAUCUCACACCACCUUUUGUGUUAUUUGUUUUUUCGUGCUGUUGCAAAAAAAAACUGAGAAUUAUACCACCCAUCACCAGCUAAUAUUAGACAUUUAGCUUGAAUGCAAAAGGGAAUAGAAAUGUGUGCAAUAACCACUGGAAAACUGCUGCUGUAGUUAUUUUAUCCAUCCAUCCAUUUUCUAACACCCUUGUCCCUAGUGGGGUCAGGAGGGGUGUUGGUGCCUAUCUCCAGCUAACGUUCUGGGCGAGAUAGUUAUUUUAUAUUGUUUUAUUAUGUAUCAUGUAAAGAAAUUGACAUAAUAAUUAAAUGUAACUUUUAAUGUUUAGAAGCAAUAUGUCAAUACUGCUGCAGAAAUUCUGAUUGUCUCCUAUGUUUUGAAUAAAAUGACUAAUUAUUGUUACA